AUGAAAUGCGAAGGCCUCAUAAAGUGCAAAAUAUUACCGCCAAAGAAACUCUAUUUCCCUGUAUUGCCUAUGCGUAGAGACAAGAAAUUGAAAUUCUCUUUUUGUGCCAAAUGCGCUCUUGAAUCCUCCAAAAUAUGCAACCAUUCUGAUGAAGACCGAGCACUUGUGGGUACUUGGGUUAUUUUUGAAGUAAAAAAGGCCAUUGAAAAAGGCUAUAAACUUCUAGAGACUUUUGAAAUUUGGCAUUUCGAAAAAACAACCAAGUAUGAUAAGGUUGAGAAGGAGGGGGGUAUAUUUGCGGGUUACAUCAAUCAUUUCUUGAAGCAAAAGCAGGAGGCAAGCGGGUGGCCAGAAUGGUGUCGUACAGAGGAGGAUAAAAACACAUACAUUGACGAUUAUGAGAAAAACGAGGGAAUCCAAUUGGACAGGGGGUUAAUUGGUGUUAAUCCAGGACUACGAAGUAUCGCUAAAAUCUGUUUGAAUUCGCUCUGGGGAAAAUUUGGGCAGAGAUCUAACUUCACAAAGACAUUAUAUACAGAUAAUCCAGAAGAGUAUGUCAAAAAGUUGACUGACGACAGUGUUGAAGUAACUGAUGUUCAACUUGUGAACGAAGAGUUUGUUCUGAUGAAAUUCAGAGAGAAGGAUGACUUCAUCGAACCAUGUCCAUACACGAAUUGUGUUAUUGCUGCAUAUACCACCGCUCAUGCACGCUUAAAACUGUACUCUGAAUUAGAGAAGCUGGAGCGACAGGUAUUAUAUUUUGAUACGGAUAGCAUUAUAUAUGUCGUUGAUGAAACAAACGAACAACAUUACAAUCCACCCUUGGGUGACUACCUUGGUGACUUUAAAGAUGAAUUAGAGGGUAAAACUAUAGAAGAAUUCAUAUCCGGCGGUCCCAAAAACUACGGUUACAGAAUUAAAGGUAGCGGAGAGACUGUCUGUAAAGUCCGGAGAUUUACCUUGAACUAUGCAAAUAGUCAAAACAUAAAUUUUGACUCCAUGAAGAAACUUGUGGAAGCAUUGAACUUUUCGGACAAGAUUACGAUCACAAAUCCUUUCAAAAUCAAAAGGCGAAAGGACUUCAAAAUUGUAACGGUACAAGAGGAAAAGAAAUAUGGCUUGGUUUAUGACAAACGUUACCUCGUUGAUGAUUUUUACACCCUCCCAUUUGGAUAUUGA